UCCCGGGCGGAAGCGCCGCCCCAUCUGCCAGUCCCCGCGCCGCCGCCGUCGCCGCCGGCGCCAUGAUCAUCCCGGUCCGCUGCUUCACCUGCGGCAAGAUCGUCGGCAACAAGUGGGAAGCCUACCUGGGGCUGCUGCAGGCCGAGUACACCGAGGGAGAUGCCCUGGAUGCGCUGGGCCUGAAGCGCUACUGCUGCCGCCGCAUGCUGCUGGCACACGUGGACCUGAUCGAGAAGCUGCUCAACUACGCGCCUCUGGAGAAGUGACAAGUGACCUGCUCACGCCCGUCACCCGGUCACCCGCUGUGCUCACCAGGGGCCGUCUGCGCCGUGCCCCCAGGCACUCCAGUGUGGUGGGGGUGGCAUGGAGCAUGCCUGUCCACCACCUGUGGAUGUGUGUCCCUGCUCUGGAAAGAACUGUCCAUUAAAGGUCUUUGCAGAACCAUGAA